GAUUGCAUCAUGAUAUGCUGUGGAUCCGUGGGGAAACACCAAAUCACCGCCUCGUCCUCUCACUCAUUCUCAUGCAUCACAUCACCUGAAUAAUCGCAUCAUAAUAAAAUACGCUACCUCUUAUCAGCACCGCAUAUUGCAGCAGCUCACCAAAUAACAAUCCUGAAACCUCCACCAACACUACAACGCCAUCAUGUCAUCCUACACCCUUGAGCGUCAAAUCGCAGAGCUCGCCGUGCUACGGGCAUCAAUCCUCACAAAAAGAGUCCAAUCGACCGUCAGUGGCAUUUCAAAAGCAGACGACUCUCCCGUCACCGCUGCUGACUUCGCCGCUCAAGCUGUUCUCAUCAGCGCCCUCCGCAAGGCAUUUCCCGGUGACCACUUCGUCGGCGAGGAAGACUCCAGCGCUCUUAGACAAGAUCCGGCCUUGAAGCAGCGUGUUUGGGAACUUGCCUCUGGCGCUCACCUCGAGAACGCAGACGAUGAUGCCCUCCUUGCGAGCCCCAAAGAUGUUGAUGAGCUUCUUGAGGUGAUUGAUCUUGGAGGACGCGGUCAGGGUGGGAGAAAUGGGCGAUUCUGGGUAAUGGAUCCUAUUGAUGGAACAGCUACGUUCCUCAAGGGGGAACAAUACGCUGUUUCCCUAGCCUUGGUAGAGGAUGGAAAGGAGGUCGUUGGUGUUUUGGGCUGUGCAAACCUCAAGCCUGUGGACGAUACAGUUGCAGAGUCAACCAUCGACAAGGAUGGUUUGGGUCUUAUGCUCACCGCAGUUCGCGGACAAGGCACCACGAUUCGCAAGAUGGACUUCAGCGGUCUCCAGCCAGCUCAGCCUCUUGACAGCGUCGCCAAAGCCUCAAGUCCCGCUGAAGCUCAGAUCAUCAACUACUCGAGUGGCUCGACAUCUCGUCACGACCUCAUCCGCAAACUCGCAAGCUCUUUCGGUGCUAAAUUCCCCAACAUCGAGCUGUACUCAUCACACAUCCGUUAUGCGGCACUCCUCGUUGGCGGCGGCGAUUUCCAGCUGCGUAUCCCUUCAUCUGACGAUGUGGUAAUGCACAUCUGGGAUCAUGCUGGGGCCCAACUUAUCUUGACCGAGGCCGGUGGCAAAGUAACCGAUCUUGACGGCAAGGAUAUGGACUUUGGAGCUGGAAGGGAUCUGAGCCAGAACAAUGGCUUGCUUGCAGCGAGGCAGGGUAUCCACGCUGCCGUUCUUGAGAGUAUGAAGAAGAUUCUUGCUGAAGAUGCCUCCACUUAACCAGCUAUAAAAUAAAAAGGUCUAUCAAGAAUCUCAAAAGAUAACGAAAUUUAAUCCAAGAUGCUGGUAUUUACGUUCACAUCGAUAUUCUAUACAUGCCAAAUCCAUAUCUUACAUCAAGCUGCUUCGGCCUCCAAUCUCCAUACUUCCCUGUCCAUCUUUCAUUUGGCCACUUCUACCGACAACAAACUCGGUAUAUAUCCUUUGCAAUCUGGCCUUCUCCUCAGAACUGAUACUCGCCCGUGUGCUAUCCAGAGCCUUUAUGAGGUGGCCCCGUUCGAUGACCACCUCCCUCUGAUCGCUGCUUUCCGCCUUGGCGUCCGUGUUGGCGGCGGGAGCCCCGUGGAUCUGCUUCGACUUCUUACGAGCUAUCUUGAUCUCUUCAAGCUUUGCCAAAAUAGAUGCGUUCUCGACCAGAGCAGCGGACUUGCUUUUUGGAGUCGCUUCGGUCAGGGGUUUGGCGUCUUUGCCGUAACGGAACUGGACGAAGCUAGGUGUGGUGUUCGACUUGCCAUCGGUUCCGUUGGUUCGUUUAGAAGUGACUGUAGGCCCAUCAACGUCCAAAACAUCGUGAAUAGCCUCGAGCUGAGCAUUGGACACAAGAGCCUGGAGGUCAGCACCCGAGAAGCCCUCAGUACGGCGAGCAAUGUCCGUCAGAGGCCCAUCGGAUUCGGUCAGCUCGUCCGAGAGUCUGACUUUUUGAAACAGCGCCUUGAUGAUGUCGACACGAUCCUCCAGGGAAGGCAUAUCGCACAGCAAAGACUUGUCCAGACGGCCGGGACGAAGAAGAGCAGGGUCGAUCAGAUCAGGCCGUGAAGUAGCUGCCAGCACGUAGACACCUGACAAUCCCUCGGCACCAUCCAUCUGCGUGAGAAGCUGGUUUACCACACGAUCCGUAACACCUGUAGAGUCAUGCCCUCUCUUAGGUGCAAUGGAGUCAAACUCAUCGAAGAAGAGUACACAUGGCUUCGCAGCCUGGGCCCUAUCAAACAGAUCCCGGACACUCUUUUCAGAGGCACCGAUAUACUUGUUCAGAAUUUCAGGGCCCUUGACACUGAUGAAAUUGAGGCCACACUCGCCUGCAACAGCGCUGGCAAGAAGCGUCUUACCGCAACCGGGAUAUCCGUAAAGAAGAAGGCCAGAUCGAAGGCGUAGUGGACACUGCGCAAAGAUUGGCGCAUAUUUAGUCGGGUAUUGUAGCGUCUCCAGGAGCACCUGUCGUGUCUCUUGCAGCCCUCCAAUGGACUUGAAGCUUGUUGACGAACUCUGCAGUGACACAUUCCUCAAUGAGGCUGGCGUGAACCCCUUGAGCGCCUUAUCAAAAUCAGCCCUUGCCAAGUGAAUGGCGCCUGUCGAGUCUGGCGACUCAGCAAUGGCACGAAUGAUAGCCUCGUUCCUCGCGCGAGACACAAGGACAUUGAUGUCGCCAGGCAUAUAGCCGUCUGUAGACCCAGAAAUGUCAAGAAAGUCAAGGUCUGGGUCCAAGAUGAAGCCGCUCGUCUUUGCCGGACGGCUCUCCUUGCUCGCAUGACUAGCGCCGUCCAUCCAAGCACCACUGUCUUCCGUCAUGCUGCCGUCAGCAGUUUGUGGUCGACUUUCAUCGCUGAACUGUGUCUGAGCUUCGUCAGCCGUCAUGGCAUCCUGCAUGACGAUAGACUCCAUCACUCGACGUCUCGAUUCCUUAUCAGGUGCCUUGAGUUCGACGAUCUCGCGCACAACAUGGCCACUGACUACAACACCAUUGAUUGACUCCUUGCCCUCAGCUGUGGCCAGGAGAACAACACCACUGUCGCGGGUACAGUAUUGUCUGACGAUCGAGCACAGGAUCUCACCGACUUGCCUGCUCCUUCCAUUGUCAUUGCCAACCUGAAGUUCUGUUUCUACAGGACAAAGCUUGUCCAGGUCAUCAAGAACUACCACAGCUUUUCCGUUUAAGCGUGCACCCCAGCUGGCAGUGGCGAACAAACGGUUCAAAGUUUCCUUUAUCGUUGAGAUUCGUGUCUCGUCAUUGACUAGUUUCCGACAAGGGUAGUAUAAUGUAUGGAAUAAUGAAUCUCCUCGAAGUUUUUGUGCCAAGUAUCGAGCAAUAGAAGAUUUUCCGGAUCCCAUGCCACCAGUGAGAAGGACAGAAGAAAGGUGCACAAGAUUAGACUGUAAAUUAUCCAGCAAGGAGUCGAUUCCAACAAGGAGCGAAUCGUGGGUUGGUUGACGCUCAAACCCGUCCGUCUCGGUCAGCCGGGAUGGUCGAGGAGUUGGUGGCUGAAAGUCAAUAGGCAGUUUAGUGUCGAGUCCAAGAAGCCAAUUCGCAGCGUCUUUGUUCUCCUGAAAAUCACC